AUGCGGUUUUCCCUCGAUCGCCUCUUCCUCGUCCUUAUCUUGUUAUUCUCCCCCGUCACAGCACUCGGUACAUCAUGCUUCAAAGUCGUCUCCGCACUGGUUAGCCGACCGGCCUACCUCUUCGAUAAAUUCCAGAGUGAAAUCUGUGAUGUUGGAUGCCAGCCGACCGUCCCGCAUUGGGAUCUAUGGACGCGCAAUAACACCUUUGUCCCCGCCGUUCGCAGUCUGGUGCAGCGCAUGAAUGUACCCCACAAAGAGGAGGCUCUGUUGAAAAUGGGCGACGAUGUUGCGCUCAACAUCAAGGAAAGCUGUGGACCGAUGCUGGGUGGUGGAGUACAUAUCUGCUCGGAUUCGGAGACUCUGGCUGGGUUUGGGAACUGCUUCAAGCGCAAUUUCCUCAAGGCUUCGAUCAAACAUCUUCCUGCUUUGAUCCCAAUGGCCUCAGAGGAAUCGUGUAAGGAGCAACUAAGGUUCUUGGAGAGUGAUGAACUGUGGGAUAUUACGAUUCCUCAGAAUAUGAGGGAUUAUGCGAAAGCGUGUGACAGUUUGGGUCCUAAUGACCAUGAUGAAUUAUGA